AUGGGGAUCAGGUCCAGAAAUGUUGGUAACGGUUCGGAAGACCAGAGAGAGAAGAAGGCAGGCUUGCCCGGGGACUUGGACCAAGGGGCUGUGGCAGAUAAAGAUGGAGCCUUUUUGCUCGUGGGACCUGGCAGAGACGAUUUCAAAAGAGGGUCUCAGAGUAUCGGACUUUUAGCCAAAACUCCCCUGGGGUACACUAGACCAGUAAAGCGGAAUAACAUCAGGAGACGAAGAAUUCAGAAUCUGAUCUACGACGCGCUUGAAAGACCAAGAGGAUGGGCGCUGCUUUACCACGCAUUUGUAUUUCUGAUUGUGCUGGGGUGUUUGAUUUUGGCCAUCUUAACCACUUUUAAGGAACAUGAAAAAGUUUCAGCGCACUGGCUUGUAAUAUUGGAAACCUUCACGAUAUUCAUCUUUGGUGCGGAGUUUGUGCUGAGAAUAUGGGCUGCUGGGUGCUGCUGUCGUUACAAAGGAUGGAGGGGGCGCCUCAAGUUUGCCCGGAAACCACUUUGCAUUUUAGACAUCUUCGUGCUGAUCGCGUCCGUGCCGGUGGUGGCGGUGAGGAACCAGGGCAACGUGCUGGCCACGUCCCUCAGGAGCCUGCGCUUCCUGCAGAUCCUGCGCAUGCUGCGCAUGGACCGCCGGGGAGGCACCUGGAAGCUGCUGGGGUCCGCCAUCUACGCCCACAGCAAGGAACUCAUCACUGCCUGGUACAUCGGAUUCCUGUCCCUCAUCCUGGCCUCCUUCCUGGUCUACCUUGUGGAGAAGGACGACGUCACCAUGGAGGUCCCGGGCGGCGAGAACCCCACCGGCCAGCCCACUCCGCAGGACUUCGACACGUACGCCGACGCCCUGUGGUGGGGCCUGAUCACCCUGACCACCAUUGGCUACGGGGAUAAGACGCCCAAGACGUGGGCCGGACGGCUACUGGCUGGCACCUUCGCUCUCAUAGGCGUGUCUUUCUUCGCGUUGCCUGCAGGAAUUUUGGGCUCAGGGCUGGCUCUGAAGGUACAGGAGCAGCACAGACAGAAGCACUUUGAGAAGCGCAGGCACCCUGCUGCUGGACUCAUCCAGUCGGCGUGGAGAUAUUAUGCCACCAACCCAAUCAGGGAAGACCUUGUUGCCACCUGGAGGUUCUACGAGACCGUCAUCUCUCUGCCCUGCUUCAGGCAAGAUCAUUUGGAAGUAAUGGCAAGCCAAAAGCUGAGUCUUCUGGAGCGCGUCCGGCUGCCCAACCCGCGUGCCCCCGCCGCUAUAAAGGGAAAGCUGAUGAUGCCUCUGAACCCGGACUCCAUACAGGAGAGUCCCACCAAGGAGCCCAAGCCAGCUGGCUUCAGCAACCGUGAGAGGUUCCGCACGGCGUUCCGCAUGAAGGCCUACGCUCUCCGACAGAGCUCUGAAGAUGCUGGGGCUCCUCCUGACCCAGUGUGUGAGGAAAGGGGGUUCCCCCCAGAUAUUCUCCUGGAGGAGAUGAUCCCUACACUGAAGCUGGUCAUCCGGGCUGUCAGGAUCAUGAAAUUCCUCCUGAACAAAAAGAAGUUCAAGGAGACUUUGAGGCCUUAUGACGUCAAGGAUGUGAUCGAGCAGUACUCUGCAGGGCACCUGGACAUGCUCUGCAGAAUCAAAUACCUCCAGACAAGAAUCGACAUGAUCUUGGCCCCCGGACCCCCAUUAACCCCAAAACACAAGAAGACCCAGAAACUACCAUUCACCUACCCAUCUCAGCAGUCUCCCAGACAUGAGCCCUACCUAGCCAAAGCGUCCAUGCCAGAGCCAGAAGACCAAAGCAUGAUGGGAAGAUUUGUCAGAGUGGAGAGACAGGUGGAGGACAUGGAGAAGAAGCUGGACUUUCUGGUGGACAUGCACAUGCAGCACAUGGAGCACCUGCAAGUGGACUCCGGGGGAGCGGCUCGGAUGACCAUGGAGCCCUGCGUCCCGGGCGGAGCCGACCUGGAGGACUGCGGCUUCACCGAGAUCCGCCGCGUCUUCUUCAACUACGCCGAGGCCUGCCCGCACAUGUCCUACCAGGUCCCCGUCAGCAAGGUGGUGCCCUUCUACAGCUGCCAGCAGGGCAUGGGAGGGCCGGGCCUCCCAGGCGGGGGUGCAGAUGCCUUCGUGGGCCACGGAGUCCCCACCUACAUGGAGCGGCCCACCGUGCUCCCCAUCAGCUCGCUCAACGACACCCGCGGGGGCUCAGACCAGGAGGCCCGCGGCCCCUACCGGGGCCCGGGCUCCCAGGAGCAGGGCCGGACCACGGGGCGGGACACGGACACGCCCGUCUCGCUGCUGUCAGUCACCCACGAGGAGCUGGAGCGUUCGCCCAGCGGGUUCAGCAUCUCGCAGGAGCGCGACGAUUUGACUUUCGGGGCGGGGGGAGCUGGGGGCCCCGGCUGGAUGAAGGAGAAGCGCUAUCUGGCGGAGGGAGAGACGGACACGGACACGGACCCCUUCACCCCCAGCGGACCCCUCCCUCUGUCCUCCACGGGCGAGGGCUUCCCGGACUCGGUGUGGAAUACGCCCCCCUAA